CAUGGUGGCGGCCGCCCAGCAAGAAGCCGCCUGGGCGAAGCGGGCAGCGGCAAGGCCAGAGCAAGGGGGGGAACAGGGCCGCCCGAUGGCGGCGUGAGGAGGCGCCGCCGCUGCCGCCAUGUUCCUUCACCUGGCGGCCGAGUUCGACCUGCAGAGGGAUGUGGGGCCCUGGCUGGCCGAGCGGGGUUGGGCUGCGGCUCUAGAUACUUCUGAGAAUUCAUCAGCACUCUACGUUGUAAAUGUUGAAAGAAAUGGAAAAAUUAUUUAUACCUGGAAGGGAAAUCAGAGAGAUACCCAUAUUGGACUGUACGACCUUCAGACUAAGGAAAAUGAGCAUCUCUAUAUGUUUGAGAGAGAUCUACGCAUUAUCAGUUGUUCAGUCAACAGUGAAAGGACAUUACUGGCGGUCAGCUUCCGUCAAUACACAGAGGAAGAAAGAGUGAGUCGGCUGUUACAGUCAGUAUCCAAAUAUUUAACCUUGCUAAUUGAAAUUCAUCCCGUUAAUAAUGUGAGAGUCCUGAAGGCUGUGGAUAGCUGCGUUCGAGUACAGUUUCUUCAUCCAGUUGAAGGCAGAAAUACUUCUACAGAAAGUCGCCUCUUGCUAGUUUCAGAAGAUAAAUAUAUUGAACAGUUUGAUAUUUGUGUUGUUGCGGAAGAAGAACACAAAGUGGUGAUUCAGAACUCAGGUCAGCUUCCAAGAGCCAGAGUUGCAGAUGAUCUCAUUUGGGCACAGUGGGAUAUGACAGAACAGAGACUCUUCUACAUUGUUCCAAAGGAAUCAAGGUGUACUUUAAAAUGUGUCCAGUUUUACCCUGAUGAAAAUUUUAACUCAAUACUGGAAUCACACCUGGAUAUUUCUGUAAAUGACACACAAGUACAACUAGUGAAUUUUGGAUAUGACGACUGCCAAGACCAAGAUGUUACAUCCAAAUCUUUGAAUCUUCACGUUUUUACAAGUAAAGCAGGAGGCUUGUGCGUGUGUUGUAGUCUAGCCUCUGAUAUUCCUGAUGAAAUAACAUACUCCAUAUGUUUUUUACAUAAAGGUUAUAGCAAAACUUUUACGGUUUCUCUAGAAAGAACAGAAUCUCAUCAAUUGAAGGAAGUGGCCUUUUUGAAUCUUGAUUACUAUGUGGCUGCUUAUUUGCCUGGCCAGUUCCUGCACCUCCUGAACAUUCAGCAUCCUGACCUACUGUGCUAUAGUUUAUUUCUGACAGGUGAGGAUGCAAGAAUUGACACACUGCAGAACUGCUCCAUCCAGUCCCCACUCAUGUCAACAAUCUUGGAUGGCUGCGUAGGGAGAAUGUAUGCAGUGAGCAUCAGUGACAGUGCCUUAUUACAGUUCCUGCAGAAAAGCAAACGAGACAGCGAGAGGUUGGCAGCUCUACAUUGUGCUCUUCUGUGUGUCAGAAGUACAGCUGACUUGGAAAUGAAGAUUAUUUGGUGGAUUUCUGAGAACCUGUCAACGUGUCAUUCUUUUGACCCCAUUCAGGAAUUUAUCAUCGCCUCCCUGUACUCCCGAAUGCGUUCAGAAACGCACAACCUGGAUAAGCUUUUGCCCUACACAUCACUGCUGGACUGGAUUGGGGUUAUCCCUGGAGUAGUCUGUACAACGGACAUUAUUUCUCUGCCUGUGUUAGAGUUCCAAAACUCUAAAGGCUUCUGGGAGAAACUCAACUCAAACUUGGAGAGUGUGAAGUAUGCAGAGCCACAUUUGCACUACCACAGUAAUGUGCUCAGGAGGGAAUGGCGAACCCUUUCAGAAGAGCAGAAAGAAGAGAGAAGAACCACAACAUAUUUGAGGAAUAUUUUUGAAAACGCCAAAAAGGUGCUUUCUCAUCUGGACACUUGGGACUCUGAGGAAAGGCUAGUACCUCUCUUUCAAGAAGAUGAUCAGCAGCAGCAGUUACUAAUGGGACUGAUGGUUGCUCAGCUAAAGGAUCACCUCAUGAGACAUCUACAGUAUGUAGGAAAAAAGAAGAUUGACCAAAUAGUUCUGGAUUAUGUUGCAAACCUGCUGAAUCUGGUGCAUCGAAUAAUGAAAGAAGUUUGGAAGAGAUAUCGGCUUCAUUCCUACAUCUUCUGCUUUGACGAGAGAGGAAGUGCAGCAGAGUUUGCUGUGUUCCACAUCAUGAGUCGAAUUCUAGAAGCCACAAAUGGCAUGUGCAUGCCUUUACCACCUGGUUUUCACACACUGCACUUGGGGCUUGGUGUUCGAUGUCUCCCUCUUCACACUCUCUUACACUAUAUCGACAAUGGAGUUUUGCAUUUGACAGAAACGUGUGUCAGGAAACUGCUGAAAGAUCUGGAUGACACUGAGAAGAAUGAAAAGCUGAAGUUCAGUAUUGUGACGAGGCUUCCUGAGGCUCUUGGUCAAAAGGUCCGUCAGUUGUGGAAUCAUCCAAUAAAUGCGAAUUUCAUUGCACGGAAAUAUGUGAAACUUCUGCUUGAGAGGCUAGGGAAUAGGCAGUGUAGCAGGCCUAUCUCCGAGAGACUCCCGGUCCCUGUAGAGUUUUUGCCACUUAACUACCUGACUAGCAUGCUGGCAGAGAUAGAGAAUCAAGGUGUGCAUCCGUAUGAAAAACAAGAUCAUGUUAACGUAAGGUUUGUGGAGGAAGCAGCGCUGAAACACACUAUGAUGCUUCUGGGCCUCAAAUAUUCCUGAAAUAGCUUUCUUCAACAGCACGUUAACUGCGGGACUCAGAAGCAUUUCACACAGAAGUGUGCGACCCAUUGUUUGUUCUUUCUUUUUAAUUUAAAUGUCAUGUUGUUUGCCAAAUAAUCUGCAGGUUUGGGUAGCCACCGUUACUGACAGAAGCUACUCAAAGCAGCAUUUGGUCCAAUGUAUUAAGGCUGAGAGUACUGACUUCUAGAUAAAUCCUAGAGAAAUGCACCUGACGCAAACCCAGGUUUCUAAUAUGUCUGUGGUUUUGGGUCUGAAGCGGUCAAAUAGGUGGAACUAGUGGGUAUCAGAGCAUGCUGUGGAAAUUGAUGUUAAAAUAGUUAGUAGACAGUGAUAAGAAAGACAAUGCUGAAAAAGGUAGUCCAGUUGUAUAGUAACAAGAAGUUGACCGCUCUUUCUCAUUCAGAUUAAUGAGAGCGUUUCCUGGUGUGAUUUUUGUAAAAUAGGUACGGAUAACAAAGGAGAAAUGAGUCUUUGUAUAUAAUGCAUCCAUAAUAAUGUAUUCAUUCCUUGGGGUGGUCAGGUAAGGGCUUCUGCCUCUGGAGUUGGAUUCUAAAAUAUUUGUUUUUAUAAUUAGCACAAAACGUAAUCUCCUUAAAAUGUGUGUGACGGGGUUUGUUGUUGUUUUUUAAGAUGUGUAUAAUAUAUUGAAUGCAAUACAGGGCAAGAAAAAAAUUCCUCGGAAACUUGCCUUCACAGCAGCUUGGACAGAGUUUUAUGUAAUUCUUUCCUUCCAACUUCUAGUGCUACAGUUCAAACCUCAGCUUCAAAAAGCACUGAUGGAGGUUUCCUCCUCUUUUUCAAUUUUUUUAUACAUAACUGAACCAGGUUUGGGUUGCCUCUUUUGUUGUUUUGUUUUAGUUUUGAACUGUGACAUUAAUUUCAAGUAGUAAUAGUGGUUUGGUAUGCAGAGAAAAUCUUCAGUUCCCACGUGGGAUUUCUGCAGUCUGCAUUGGAUUGAAAAACAACUGGAUCAAAGCUUCAAACUAUUGAACUAGUGAAACUCAUUGACAAUUCAAUAGAUUUUGGAGGUUUUCACUAACGUCCUCUGAUACUUUGGGUAGUUUCCUCUUUACUAUAAGGAAUAGUUGUAAAUACCAGUUGUAUAAAAAGAUCCAGUUCUCAGAAGGGUUCAAUACACACUUCUGUCUCAGCAGGUUUUCGUGGUCAUUCCCUUGUCAUUGCCAUUACUGGAGGAAAUGUUACAGCUUUCUCAGUAACUCCACGGAGGGAAGGAAUAUUUUUCUCAAUAUAAUUAUUCUUUUUUUAGCAAUCCCAGGCUGCAGAAAGCUCUGGUGUGUUUGUAUAAGAUGUGGGGACUUUGUUCAUGUGAUAUUAAUAACUAGAGAAGAUUUUCUAGCUUUUUUUUAAUGAAAUGUGCUGUAAUAAAUAAUCAGAUGCAAUAAAAUUACACUUUUUUUUCCCCAGGUGAAUUGUGAUGAUUGGUUAUUCUUCUUAACAUUUAAAAUACUGCACUGCAUUUGGCAUACCAGGCUCCUCCUAGCCAUAAGGAAGGAAUUCGUAUCACUGAAUGUUCAGCCAUGCUUCUGCCACUAAGUACUACUUUGUUUGCAGUAUGGAGUUUGGCUAAACACUAAUGGACGUUACUUCAGUGUAGUGUAAAUGCUGUUGAUUUGUGAGAUUCAGCCACUGGUAAUGGCCUCUCUUGCUCCAGAUGCUGUCUUUUCAGAUUUCAAUUGGCUUUACAAUUGGUUUUCUGAAGUGUCUCAUGUUCGAGCCAGGUUCGCUUGGCUUGAAAGGAGCCAGAGCGCCGUAGGGCCGUGGCAAUGGGAGGCUGUAUUCAUCGUUCGGGAUGUAGGCAGUUGGGCGCUGUUCAGCUGUCGUGUGGACACAGCCAGGCACUGCAGCUUGUUCCUCUUCUGCAGCCUGCUGGAAAAGAAACACGUUUUGUUCACAUGGUGCUUACAUGUUUUAAAAAUGCCAUCAGUACUCUUCUGAGCUCAAAUACAGAAUGCCCAACAAAGAAAUACUGUUAGUCUAAUCCUUAGGAAACACAGGUGACUGUUAGUUGUUCACUGAAAACAAGCAUGAUUUAUUGACCAUGUAGAUGGGAGCUUGUCCUUUUAUUAAAUAAUGUAUAGUUUGAACGUGUCAUGCUUUUAUUAUUGAGAAGACAGGUUAAAUUAACAUAAAAAAAUGUAGAAAUAUGCAGAAAUUGCAGAUAUGCAAAAUAUGCAAAAAUGCAGACAGA